AUGCUACACCUGUCAUGUAGAAGAAUUGGUUUCAGAUGCUAUCUCCAGUUAUUCAGGAGCCUCAACACGCCUGCCAGUGACACAUUUACUUCUGACACCCAGCGUCGUUAUUGUUUGUUUGUUUGUUUAAACAACUUCAACUAUGCCGGAUACAGCAGUUAGAUGUGAUUUGCCACCGACCAAAACAAUAAUUGUCUACAAAAACGGAGACGCUUUCUUUCCCGGAAGAAAAUUAGUUGUAAAUCCGCGGCAGUUGUCAACUUUUGACAGUUUUCUGACAUUUUUGACCAGAGGGCUUGAGGCUUCUUUCGCCGUCAGAAAUAUUUACACUCCCAUAGAGGGCCACAAGGUUCAGCAUUUGGACAACUUGAUGCAUGGCAGUGUGUAUGUUGCAGCCGGGCAAGAGCAUUUCAAAAAGCUGGACUAUUCUGCAAUUACAACCAAGAAGCCACAGCAUAAGAAAGAAGAACAGAUCCGACCUGUUUUUCACAGCAGAUUGGUAGUUUCUGCUCGCUGUAAGAAAGCUACUGAUGAGUCUUGCACCAUAAAUGUCUUCACCAACGGAGAGGUCUUGGUUGCUUCAGUUCGAAUACGGAUCCCAAAGUUUACUCUUAGAAGCUGGGAACAUGCUUUAGCCAUGGUGACAGAGAAAGUGGGACUUCGCACUGGUGCUGUUCAAAGGCUUUGCACAUUAGAUGGGCGUCCUGUCCGCGGUCCCACUGAACUGGAGAACAACCAGUACUAUGUCGCAGUUGGUGCAGAAAAAUUCAAAGCUCUCCAAUAUUAUCACUGCAACCCCUGCAGGGAUGUAAUGAGGGAAAACAACAGAAUUGAAGGCCAAGUCACCCUGCCUGCAGUUGGAAAGACAAGACCUCCAAAGGUUGCGUUUGCUCACACAGGCUUUAGAGAGGACCUUGAGCACACAGCCAGGGGCCAGAUGAAGAAACAAGCCAAACCGGAGAGAACCAAACAACAGAGGCAGGUGUCCAGAAACCCAGUUCUCUCCUCCACAGGGGAGGGCAGUGUGUUCAAUGCACAAAACAAAAGAAGGGAGAUGGCAGGAGCAGCCGAGGUGCAGGAAGACGACCAGUUAAAGGUGGACCUGCCUAUUGAUCAGAGCAGAGUUUAUUCGAGGCGAGGAGGCACAGGGCGCACUACUGAAGACACAGGAUCAGAGACACCUGAGGAGGCUAGAGAGUGGGAGGUGUGUUCCAGGCUGCGCAGAAUACGGUCACGGGUGUCCCGGUUUUUCAAGGGAAAAAUGACAAGUUAACAUUCGUUGCUUUGAUCUGCACGACAUUCAUUCAAAAGAAUACAGUGUCAGACUGCUAAGGACCAGACGUCCUCGUUCUCUUCUGUCUCCAGAAGCCAGCUGCUCAUGUAUAAGAUGAAACAGUGUUAUAAACCAAAUAAAAAUGUCUUGCCUCUUGACAGCCCCA